CGGGGACUCCUCGGUGACGGUGUCCGACAAGGUUGUGGGCACUGACUCUCCGCUGCACACGGCGCGGCAGAAGGCGGAGAUGGAGCACAACCGCACCAUCAUCGUGGCCGCCGCCGCCGUCGAUAUCCCGCCCGCGCCGAGAGUCAACGUCGUCACCGAGAGCGUGGUGCGCGACGAGCGAGACAGCAAGCCGGCGAGCGAGAAGGGCAUGCCCGGGCGCUUCCACCUCGACGACCCGGUGCGGUUGUACCAGCAAGCCAAACGUCUCGAAGCCAGAGUAACGCGUCGCUCGAACUCGCACUCCUCAGACUCGGGGAGAGACACGAACUCGAAAGGGUCGAGUCAAGGCUCGAGUCAAGGCUCGGGUAAAGGCUCGAGUCAAGGCUCGGGCAAAGGCUCGAGGCCGCCGUCGCUGUGCGCGCUGUGCCGCUGCUAUUGGCUGGUCGCGCGGCGCUACGUGGCGCAGCUCAACCCGGUGCGGGAGUGA